CAGGCCCAAGACGGCCAGGUCCAAAACAAAACCCUAGCAACCUCUCAAUCCUAUAUCAUCUCCAAAACCUAAUUCAGCUUCAUCGUCGCUGCUGCCGUCUGUUUAGCCUCCAAACUCACCCAGUGGUUCCAACUAGCAACGACAAUGGCGCCGAAGAAGGAUAAGGCUCCACCUCCAUCCUCCAAACCCGCCAAGUCUGGUGGAGGAAAGCAAAAGAAGAAGAAGUGGAGCAAGGGAAAGCAAAAGGAGAAGGUUAACAACAUGAUUUUGUUCGAUCAGGCAACCUACGACAAGCUCCUCACUGAGGCUCCCAAGUACAAGCUCGUCACUCCUUCUGUCUUGUCUGACAGAUUAAGGAUCAGCGGAUCAUUGGCACGUCGGGCGAUUAAGGAUUUGAUGGCAAGGGGCUCCAUUAGGAUGAUAUCUGCUCAUUCUAGCCAGCAGAUUUAUACAAGAGCCACCAAUACCUGAUGAGAGAGCUGAUUUUUUUUUUGUCAUGGGCAAUUAACUAGUUUCUCUCUGUUUUGAAGAACUCAUUCAGUCUGUUUUCUUGAUGAUGACUAUUUGUCUUUAUUUUUAAUCCUACCCUUGUGAUAUUUUUCAUGUUGACUGUCAAUUUUUGUGUUUUGAACUUGUUAAGUAUAUGCACUUAGAUGGUGAACUUAGAUUGAUGA